GUGACUCCAACAAAUCAGCAGGCACUACUGCUUGAACCGUAUAAGCGAGUGCCCACAUAUAUCGCGAGCGAGCGACAGACAUAACUUGCAAGCCAGAGAGCCGUGUUUUACUUUUCAGUUGGAGCCAGUCAGCUAGUAUAGUGCUGAGUGACCUUGAUCCUCUCUUUUGUACCUUGUCCGCGAUACUCGAUCAUCAGUUUGUGCCGAGUCUUUUCCUGAAGUUAGACGUGCAACAUGGAGAACUUUCGAGUACUUUUCGUCGCUACACUUUUCAUCCUAAACGCCUACGCUGCCCCGAGAGUAGCGCCUGAUUCUGCUGAAUCGAGCGAAGCAAGCGACAAAAAGAAUACGGACACGGUUCUGGUAUUGCCAGGAAGAGGCAAUGUAUUUUCGAGCUCCGUCUUCGAUCUGCCGGCUGAAGAAGAAUUUGAAGACGACGGUCUUGAAGGAUUCCCUGGAUCUAGUUACUUCCCCUUCCGUUCCAAUGUCUUCGAUGGAUUCUUCUCCAGUAUGCAAAAUGCCAUGAACAGACUAAGGGAGCAGAUGGCUGGUGUCUUAGCAGGUCAAAUUGGACAAGGUAUUGGACCUUGGGGAAAUAUUCCCGAAGGAGCGAAUACUACUUCCACCACCAAGAUCAUUGACGGCCACGUCGUGACCAUCAACGAAACGACCUACACAGACGGUGACGAAAAUAGCGGCGCGAUAUUCCGUGUCCGAGUCAUCGAUGUUAAACCCCAAAACGAAACUCUAGAAAUUGAAGGCAACCCCGAGGCAAAACCAGUGAUUCCAUCUGGUCCCAAAAAGGACGUCGAAAACACAACUCCAGCCCGCAGUGUAGAAACUGUCGAAGAUUUGGAGAAUGAAAUUCCAAAGAACCAAGUGGACACCCUCACCGCUUAAAUUUAACUUUAAAAAUAAGAAAUGAAGUUUUUUUAAGUGCGAAGUUUGGAUUUUAUUAUAAUCAUUUUUAGAUGCCCUUAUAAGAUUAAAAAAAUAAGCUAAUUGAUUAAUGUGUAUAUUGUAAUACUGCAUUUUGAUGAGAGACAAAUCAUCAGAUUCUUAUUAGUAUAGGUGAUAAAUUAUUAUAGUAUCUUUGUAAUUCUAUUACUAUAUUGUUAAUUUAUUAUAUUAGAGCUGUUUAGUACCGAGUAGCGAAAGAUGUGAUGAUUUGAGUUUCUGCAGAAAAAUAAAGAUUGAUAAGUAAA